GGCCCGCGGCGAUGUCACUCCGGCCGCGCUCCCCGAAGGCGGGGCAGGCGGAGGAUCCUUUUCCAUCGGACGGAGCGAAACUCAGCCUCCCGCCCCCCGCAGCGGAGCGGACGGCCACGCGAUGGUUUUCCGCGCUGGGUCGGGAACAUUUUCAAACACAGAAAGUUGCAUCUUACUGCGAACGUUUUGCCUUUGGACUGUUUUAACUGUCUGGCAUUAAAUUUUACUGCACUGCACCCCUAGCACACGACCCCUCUAUCCACCCGUCCUUAUUUUUUCAUAGUAAUAUUUUUCAAGUAAGUUAUACGGCAUCACUUUAAAAAAAGAUCUCCGGCCCAUGCAUGAUAAGGAUGAUACACUGAGCGCCCGAGCGCAGCGCCCAGGCCCGUUCUAAGCGCAGCGCAAGCCGUGCCACGUGGAAUCGUCCAAAACAAAACGCUGCCUUUACCCUUUUCCGGGACAGAGCGGCGUGGACGUGGGGAUAAAUUAUGUGGCCCAGCGGCAGAGGCUGUUGGGCGAAGCCAGCUGAGGGAUAUUUGAAACCAAGUUGAAAAGAAUGUGUCCAGAGCUACAUUUUGCCCUGCGAGAUUGGUCCCUCUAGGCGCUCCGUAGUCUGCGUCCGUUUCCUUGGAGACGGAGACCCAGCUGAAGCGUCUGGUCUCCAAGGGAAGUCUGAGUGGCCUGAGUUACCACGCGAUCCGCGCUGAGACUAGGAAGUUGGAGAAGACGAAUAAGUAGGCACCCCAAGAGAUCGGUGCCCCACGGACUCCCCCGACUCUCCUUCCAUUUCCCCCAAUGGCGCAUGUCUUUCCAAAACCUACCGACUCUAGGAGUCGCCCUACAGUCCCCAAGUCCCAGACUCCGGAUUAUGUUUCAGGGCAGCGGUCCAAACAUAAAAUCAAGCCCUCCACUGCGCUUCCAGUCCUGCAAACCAGUGGCCAUAAGAAAACCAAAAUGAAGCCUUGGAUUAGUGACCAGCCAGGGCAUUCCAAGUCUCCCACGUUGAUGACAUGCCAGCUGGGGAAUCCACAAGACCCGUGCAGAGGGAAGUUGGACUCUGGGAAGAUCAAGCUCCGGCUAAUGAGGUCGUUGCUCAGGAGCCGGCGAACCGCACUCCAGGAGCUCUGCAAGCAGGAGGGCUUUCUCAUCAAGCUCAAUCACGACCUGAUCACGACCAUCAAGGACAUGGAAGACAGCUCAGCCCUGAAAACACGCGGGAUGCUGCAGCAGCAGGACAUCUUUGGGACCAUCAUCAACAGCUUGGGGUACUCCAACAAGAAGAAGCUGCAGCAGAUGACGCGUGAGCUGCAGGAGUGGAAGGAGAAGGAGGAAUUCAAGAUGAGCUACCUGAAGCAGCAGGUGGAGCAGCUGAAUGACAAGAUCAAGAAGACCCAGGAGGAAGUGAAUUUCCUGAGCACUUACAUGGACCAUGAGUAUCCUGUCAAGUUGGUCCAGAUUGCCAACCUUCUGCACCAGCUGGAGCAGGUGAAGGACAACCAGCAGGAUGAGUUGGAUGACUUCAAUAAGAUAUGCCGGGUGGUCCUGGGGUCUUUGUCUGAUCAGAUUCAGAUGAAGAGAAAAAAGCGGCUGGGCUCUCUGGUGGUGAAAAUCCAGCAUCCCAUUCAGGGCGUUCUCCUCCAGAAGACCCGGGAAAACCAGAGCAUGGCGAAGUACACGGACAAGUACAGAGGAUUUGUCAACGAGUUUGAGGAAGAAAUACCCGAUUUAAGGGCCGAGGUGGAGCGGCUCCGAGUCCAGACCCAGGAACCCCGAGAGAUCGCAUUUGCAGAUGUUCUGCUUCGGAGACCCAAGUGCACCCCAGACAUGGAUGUCACCCUCAACAUCCCCGUGGAAGAGCUGCUACCCUUCUAGAUGGCAGGGCCAUGGCCACCCUUCCCUCCCUGCUCUCUUCCCUACACCUGGAGCCUGAGUCGUCUCCUUCCAAGACCAUAUUCCCAUUGGUACCCUCCUCGUCUGCCUCUCCUUUCCUCCCUCCGUCCUUUUGGUUUGGGGCUACCACUUGGGCCAGGUGGGAAUUUCCAGCCAAGUCCACCACUUCCUUUUACCAAUAAAGCUGGAUCUGCAUUUGCUCUUUGCCAGUG